AAUUCGAGUCAUGUGGGGGAUCCUGUAAUGUCAACAGAACAGGAUAAAGAUACCUUCUCUCUUAAAAGAAACAGAGGUGGGGACGGUGGCCUUGAUGGUUUAGGUGGGCCAGGCUUGUUACUCGGGAGCCCAGAUAAGAAAAAACGGAAGUCAAGUACACAGGCUCCCCCUCAUGCACCUCUGUCAGAGUAUGCCCCUCCCCCAAACCCAAGUGCUGAUCACUUAGUGGCCGCCAAUCCUUUUGAUGACAGCUACAAUGUGCCAUCAUACAAGCCUCUGACCUCUGGUAACCCUUACUUCGGCCAUUCUCAUUAUCCGGGGUUUGGUGGCUAUGGUGCUCACAGGAUGGCCCCCCACGUGCCUAGCAGGAUGCCCUCUCCGUACGGGGGCGCCUAUCAGAUGCGCAACCAGCCCCAUCCGUUUGUUCAGAACCCAGUGGGCAUGGGAUUCAAUCGACCCCCAGGGUUUAACUAUGGGCACCUUGACAACCCCAAUUAUGGAAAUCAGCCAAUGUUUAAUAAUAACAGUAACAUGCCGUUUCCUUCGAAUCAACCCCUCAGACCAGGUUCGGGAGACAACUUAAAUCAAAUGCCUCCUCUCAACGUGAACCAAAUCGCCGGUCCCGACGCGGGCCCCGGUUUCGGACCGGAAGGGAACGUAGGCGGGAAUCCGCCGCCCAAGCCCUGCAUGGAUAUGAGCCCUGGGCUCCCACAACAACAACAACAACAACAACAGCCACAGCAACAGAACAACUUCUCCCAGUCCACCACGCCGAUACACAAACAAGACUCCAGCGAAACGUCGAGUAAAAACGCUAGCCAGUGCGAAUCCCCGCGCAAACAGAGCCGGAGCUCCGAGGAGAACACGUGUUCGGACAACGCGGCGGAGCUGAAGGCGAAGAGCCGCGGCGGGCCGGGGGCUCUGGAGGGAGGCUUGGAAAAGCUCAACGGAAUUAUUCAUCAAAAUAACGAAUCUCUGAAGAAGUCUCCCCAGUCCAACGCUCCCGUGGAGACUCCUACGUCAGAGAGAAACAGAAGGAGCAGCAGCAGCGGCGGUGCCGGCGGGGCGGGCCAGACUAAAGCUCCCGCGCACCCUCACCGGCUGAGCAGUUCGUCUACGGAGCCCGUGUACCCCUGUGGCAUCUGCCUUAACGAAGUGAACGACGACCAGGAGGCCAUCCUGUGCGAGGCUUCGUGUCAGAAAUGGUUUCACAGGGUCUGCACAGGAAUGACUGAAACGGCAUAUAACCUGUUGACUGCGGAGGCUUCUGCGGUGUGGGGCUGUGACACCUGCAUGGAGGAGAAAGGAGCCCAGCUGUUAAAAAUGAGGGAGACGCCCGGUCUGGCCAUAGUCAACAGUGAGGGACAAUCAUGA